CACCCAGCAAGUGGGUGAUGAUCACAACGAUGCCGAGACAGAGGCAUCCAGCUUUGUGCCUCAGUAGAAUGCUGGGCAGCCCAAUGUGCCACUGAACGCGGGGGAAAAUCAAAAUUUCGGGAAUCCGCCUGAGAAUGUCAUGCCCGCUUUCAUGACACAGUUCCUUCAGCAGAUGGCCAACGCGCCGAUGUUCCAGCAGCCUCAGCCACCGCGGCGACAUAUCACCUUCAAGACGCUGAAGGACAACGGAGCGGAGGAGUUCCUUGGGGAUAGAGUGGCCGAACCUCAAGUGGCUCUUGAUUGGAUUGAGCAGGUGGCUAGGGUGCUCAAUGACCUGGAUGCUUUCAAGAAGGAAUAUAUCCCAGCUCGUUUCCGAGAGGAGAAGCGGUCAGAGUUCAUGGAGCUGGAACAGGGGGACAUGACCCUUGCCGAGCUACGACAGAAGUUUGACCAUUUGGCUCAGUUUGCACCCACGUUGGUGUCAACACCUGCUGACAGAAUUGAAGAGUUUAGGAAAAGAUUGCGCCCCGAUGUGCGACCUUACGUUUCUACUGUGGUCACCACCAACUUUUCCGUGGCUUAUGACCUGAUGGCUAAGGCGGAGAAAGCGGUGGAUGAUUUGAAGGCAAGCUUGGGUGCUGGAGGGACAGUUGCUUGCCAACGACCCACUACCAGCGCGGCACUGAGCGGGAAUAGAUCCUUUGGCGGUACUAAGGGUACCCAGAACAUCAAGAAGACCAAGUCCGCGCCGGCUCAGUCACAGGCGGCGAGCAACCGAAGCAAACCUUCCAGGCAUCCAGUGUGCAAUCUCUGUGGGAAAAACCACCCUGGAUCUACGUUGUCUUACAUAUGUGUUCCUAUGCCUGGGAAAUCUGAUAUCCAGAGGGGUGAUCUGGAAUACCCCAUGGUAGUAUCUAACCCGUUAGGGCAUAGCAUGCGACUUCAUCAUCUGUACCGCAACUGUCCGUUGACGGCCCACGGACACCGGUUGUUCGAAAAUCUGAUCGAGUUACAAUACAAGGAAUUUGAUAUUAUCCUUGGUAUGGAUUGGUUGACCGAGCGUCAAGUGAUAAUUGACUGUGGUUUGCGCACCGUACGACUGAAGACUGACGAUGGUGACGUGGUUGAGGUCAAGGGGGAGUUGUUCCCGAAGCCUCCAGAAUUUAUGUCUUAUAUGCAAGCAAAGCGGUUGAUUCGGAAGAAAUGUGAGGCAUUCUUGUGCCAUGUUCGGGACACCAGGAAGGAGACCCCCGAGCAAAAGGAUAUCCCUACAGUGUGUGAUUUCCCCGAUGUGUUUCCCGACGACCUCCUAGGCCUGCCAACGCCAAAGGAAAUGGAGUUCUCGAUUGAUCUGCCAACAUUGGAAGGUGAGAUCCGUACGGCCCAGACUACGGAUGACUUUUGUGCGAAGACUCAAGAGCUUGUCUCCAAGGGGGAGAGACAAGACUUCACCAUUGAUGACAAAGGAGGGCUGCUCUUUAGGGACCACUUGGUGGUACCGAACGGCGAAGUGAGAGAACGGCUGCUACGGGAAGCUCAUGAAACCGUGUACACCAUGCACCCUGGCAGCAACAAAAUAUAUCGAUCUGAUUCGUCACACAUCCUACCUGAGGGAGCAGUCACCCUCGAUGAGAGUCUUACCUAUGAGGAAGAACCCGUACAGAUCUUGGCACGCGAAGUAAAGGAACUGAGGAACAAGACAGUUCCCUUGGUCAAGGUGCUUUGGCGAAACCACGCAGUGGAAGAAGCAACCUAGGAGACCGAGGAGUCCAUGAGAACUCAGUAUCCUCAACUCUUUAGUGACCAAUGACUCAGGUCUUAAAGAAAAGAAAAAGAAGUGUCUUUGAAUAAGUCCCUUAAGGAUGAAAAAAUCAGCUAGAGUAAGGUAGAGUAGCUAGUAAAAAGAAAAAGAAAAGGAAUUCGUGAUCAAUUUAGGAAGUCAUCACUUACUUACUCAAGCGUUGUUUGGCCAAACAUGGUGCACAACUAGGCUAAAUCCUACAUUA